AUGGCGAUUUGGAAGAGAAGUUCCGGCUCUUCCAGUGGCGAGGGCCGUCCAUCCUAUGAUGCAGAGAAGCACGCAGAACCCAAGUCUGGUUACACACAUGACUCUGGAGAGAUUCCUGCCACGGACGCCAGCGGUGUCGUUGUCCAUGCCGACAAUGCCCACUUGCACCGUGGUCUCAAGUCGCGCCACAUUACUAUGAUUGCCAUUGGUGGUGCUAUUGGAACGGGUCUUAUUAUUGGUACUGGUAAAGCGCUGGCUCAGUCUGGCCCUGCCUCCAUCCUCAUUGCCUAUACUGCCGUCGGUCUUCUCGUCUACGUGGUCAUGACUGCCCUCGGUGAAAUGGCGGCUUGGAUCCCUCACUCGUCUGGUUUUGCCGGUUAUGCUACUCGAUUCUGUGACCCUGCUCUCGGUUUUGCUCUCGGCUGGACCUACUGGUGCAAGUACAUCAUCACGACACCUAACCAACUCACUGCCACUGCCUUGAUUAUUCAGGAAUGGAAAACUGCCGAGGAAGUCAAUCCUGGUGUGUGGAUUGCAGUCUUUUUGGUUACCAUCAUCGCCAUCAAUUACUUUGGUAUCAAGUUCUUCGGUGAACUCGAGUUCUGGCUGAGUACCACAAAAGUCAUCACCAUUGUCGGCGUCAUCCUCCUGUCAUUUCUGCUAGCAGUCGGUGCCGGUCCAAGCCCAGCAACUGGUUUCAAGUACUACAACAACCCAGGUGCCUUUGCGCCAGCGUUUGGCAAAGGAGACGCGGGCAAGUUCUACGGAUUCUGGGCUUCCUUGGUCAAUGCCGUAUUCGCCUACCUGGGUACUGAGCUGAUUGGUGUGACGGUCGGUGAAGCACAGAACCCGCGCAAGACGAUUCCCCGCGCCAUCAGGCUCACCUUUUACCGCAUUCUGUUCUUCUACUGUCUGUCCGUCUUCUUCCUGGGCAUGAUUGUUCCCUACGACUCCCCAGAUCUGGCCUUUGCCAAUGGUGCCAGGACCGGUGCCUCGGCCUCUCCCUUUGUCCUGGCCAUCAGACUGGCGGGUAUCAAGCACUUGCCCGGUAUCCUCAACGCCUGUAUUCUGCUCUUCACCUUCAGUGCCUCCAAUUCGGAUCUCUACAUUGCAUCCCGAACCAUUUACGGACUUGCAGAGCAAGGCCACGCUCCCAAGAUCUUCCGCUGGACCGACAAGCGCGGUGUACCUGUGCCUGCCUUGCUGAUUUCCGCCUUUUUCUGCUGCACCGCCUUUAUGAACGCUGCCGACGACGCCAGAGUCGUGUUCGGCUACUUUGUCAACCUCACCACCAUCUUCGGACUUCUCUCCUGGAUCUCCCUCCUGGUAUCGCACAUUUUCUUCGUCCGCGCACGCAAUGCUCAGGGCAUCACCAAGGACCAGCUGGCGUAUACGGCACCACUCGGCCUGACAGGGUCGUACAUUGCCCUCUUCUUCUGCAUCCUCAUUGCCUUGACCAAGAACUUCUCCGUCUUCACAAGGGGUUCGUAUGGCAACUUUGACUACAAGAAUUUCAUCACUGGCUACCUUAACCUUCAGGGCAUCCCCAUCUACCUCGGCUGCAUCUUCGGCUACAAAUUCUUCAUGAAGUCCAAGAUGGUUCAGCCCCACGAGGCAGACUUUUACACAGGCAAGGGCGAGAUUGACCGCGAGGAAGAGGCUUUCCUGGCUCAUGCGGCGAUGAAGAAAGCAAACAGCAAUGGCAAGGAUGCGAGCUGGUUCUACAAGACGUUCAUCUCUUGGCUCUUGUAG